UAUCUGUUAUCAUAUGUAGUUUAUUGCUUCCUCGGUUUCAAUUUACGUGACACUGUUUAACCGGGCACGGAGAAAUAAGGAAAGACUUUGUUAUAUUUACCAAAUUGCGCUUAUUGAAGUUACUUUAUUACUUACUUUUAGUUGACUUUUCUUCGUUGUAAAUGGGACCCAAUAAGAGUAAAGCAUUAUUGUGCCAUUAAAAAGUUGCCCAAUAACUAAAGCUACAGUCUUUUUUGAGAUGGACUUGGAAAAACAAGCGUGCCGCGUGAAUUGGGAUAGAGGGAGUAUGUUCUAGGUGAUCACACUAUUUUGCUGAUGUUAUUGUUCCUUAACAAGGCAUGGGUGGAAGACCAGCGCCAGACCCGGUGUCAGUGUUACGAGGUCACCGCGCUUCUGUCGCUGACAUUUGUUUUCAUUCUUCUAGCAGUUUAUUGUUUUCAGGGUCAACUGAUGGAGAAUUGCGGAUUUGGAAUACCGUACAGCAUCGUACAGUUUCGUCUUCUUGGGUGCAUAGUGCAGCACACGGGGUUAUUUGUGUUGCUGCAAGUCCCAUUCUUGGGGAUAACAAAGUUAUCAGCCAGGGCAGAGAUGGAACUGUCAAAUGUUGGGAUUUUGAAGGAGGAGGUUUGUCCAGGACGCCAUUACUUACAAUAAAGACAAACUCUUAUCACUUCUGCAAACUAUCAAUUGCAAAGUCACCAAGUGAGGCAGUGAAACAUGAUGAUCGGGAGGUGAAAGAAAUUGUUGAUGACAUGCAAAGGGAAGAACAAGGAGAUCAACACACUAAUUCCACCAGAUCCAAAGGUAAGGAGCUCAGUGAAGGACCAAAAUAUGUUGCUAUAGCGGGGGAACAAUCUUCUAUGGUUGAGAUUUGGGAUGUCAAUACUGCAGAAAGAAUCAUGCAGCUGCCUCAUAGCUCUGGUAGCCUCUCAAAUCAGACACCGAACCAAAGAGGAAUGUGCUUGGCGGUUCAAGCAUUUUUACCUUCUGAAUCUCAGGGGCUCCUAAGCGUUAUGGCCGGGUACGAAGAUGGAUCUGUUGCUUGGUGGGACUUGCGUAAUCCGGGAAUCCCGUUGACUUCAGCCAAGUUUCAUUCAGAACCAGUAUUAAGCUUAUGCAUAGAUGGAUCAUGCAAAGGUGGUCUUUCUGGAGCUGCUGAUGAGAAAAUUUUGAUGUUUGCAUUGGACCAUUCCACGGGUUCUUGUUUGAUCAGCAAAGAAAUUGCUUUGGAGAGACCUGGCAUAGCUGGAAUCUCAAUCCGUCCAGACGAGAAAAUUGCUGCAACUGCUGGUUGGGAUCAACGGGUUAGGAUUUACAAUUAUCGCAAAGGAAAACCUCUGGCUAUUUUGAAAUAUCAUCACGCCACGUGCAACGCUGUUUCGUUCUCUGCUGACUGUAAGUUACUGGCCUCUGCAUCCGAAGACACAACAGUAGCUCUGUGGGAACUUUAUCCUCCUAGAACAUGAUGCUGUAUAGUCGUUAAUCCUCUAUGGGCACGUGUAAGGUCUGCGUACAUCCUACCCUUUUCAAAUCCUGCUUGUGGAAUCACACUGGGUAUGUUGUUGGCACGUGUUUGCGCGAGAAGUAAUCCCCAGUUGAGCAUAUGGAGUUGCUGGAAAAUAUUACUGAUCAUCAGGAAGAAAAGGGGACCUUGAGCUAUCUAGAAAAUCACCUUUCAAGUUUUUUUUUUUAGUUUCCCAUCUGGUGUCCGGUGCCCGCAUUGAAGCCCGACUAAUCCGGAUCGCACAUUGCAGGGCCAUUAAGGUGUUGUUUAGAAAGAAACAUAUAGUUUGUGAAAAUAUUUAAAAAAUAAUAAUUCUAUUUGUUACCCUUAGACAUUU